AUGCCGCGAAACAGGAGUACAGCAGGCAGCGGUGUUGGUGGUAGUGAAAAGGGACAUGCUUCGAUGCUAGUCAGUCCGGAAGUAGAAGAAAUGCAAAGACGGUUGCUGCCGAUGGAGAAACGAGGUGGUGCACGCGCAUUUGGACCUUCACGACUGCGUGAUUUUGAGACCUAUUUCUUCCCAAGCAAUAAGCGGCAUGAAACAUUCUCACCCUACUACUACUAUCAGCAACCGAAGCGUGGUGGCGGGAGAGCAUUCUACUCUUACUGGAGUCCACCGAACCUAGGUGACUCACGGUAA